AUGAAGCAAUCUUUAAGUUUUGUGCUUCUGAACUUUUUGAUCCUUGGGAACCAGGACUCCCUUGGACAGGCUUAUCUUCUCGAUAGCAACUGUGGAGUAUCGAAAUAUACUUACCGAAUAGCUGGAGGCAGAGAUGCUGAUUUGAUGUCUGCCCCAUGGAUGGCAUACUUGCACUCCAACUCCAGAUUUAUUUGCGGCGGAUCUCUUGUCAAUCAUUGGUUUGUUCUAACAGCUGCACACUGCUUCAAACCAAACAAUGGAACAAUAUAUGUGCGGUUGGGCGAGAACGAUGCGAGCCGACGAAUCGAUUGCGAUCAAUUUGAGUGUGCGCCGUCACAUUCAGAAUACUGGAUACUGCAAAAAUUCAUAUAUCCAUAUUACAAAAACGCACGAUACUAUGAUAUAGCUUUGGUGAAACUUAACCGGAAUGUCAUAUACACAGAGAGCAUACGACCCAUUUGUGUGAUCCUUAAUCCACAAUGGCAAGAAUAUCUCAAUUCCAUUCCAAACUUUAUUGUUAGUGGUUGGGGAGCGACAAAUACUGCUGAUGAAAGCGAUAAACUUCAGAUCGUAAAGUUACCGCAGGUCCAUCGAUCUACUUGCCGCUCCUGGUUUGGAUAUAAUGUCGAUCGAACCCAAAUCUGCGCAGGCGAAGCCAAACGAUAUGUGGGAAAAGGUGACUCCGGAGGUCCUUUGGGCAGCAUGGUAAACUAUGGAAACUCCAGGAGAUUCGUUCAAUUCGGAAUAGUGAGCCACCUGCGACAUCCCUUUCAAGGCGUUUCAGUAUUUACGAAUGUGUUAAGCUACGCGAAUUGGAUUUAUCAGAUCAUUCAGUCUGACACUUCCAACAUAUAUUAAAGCUACAGAGCCGCA